AUGAAUCUGCAGAUCUUUAACUCAUUUGCGGAGGAUAUGCAAGUUACUCGCCUCUCAACUACUUCUAGAGAUCCUAGGUUUUUCUUCGAAGAUCAACCUCACUCAACCUUGAAAGUUGCAUCCACUCCAAAAUGUAUUUCAGGGCGCGUGAUGUUUCUUCCUGAAACGCCAUGCUCGCAUGACUAUUGCUACCUCGGCCUUCCUCUCCAUACAACUGAUGGACAAUGGUUUGUGCACGGGUUAACAUUACCGGCUAAUUUAGCUGAGGUUGAUAGUUAUCUAUACAAGAAACAGCGAGCUCGAUUUGAUAACCUUGUGAAAGCUGGGAAGCAUCGCGUGAACACUACAGUCAUUGUUGAUACUGAUAGGGCAAAAAACAUUCAGGUAAUGUAUAAGUUCUUUUUCUAUUUCUUUCUUGCUAAAUUUCACGUCAUAGUUUAUGCUCUCUUUUUUUAAUU